AUGGACAUAGAGGGCCAGCACACGCAGGAGUACGACACGCUGAUCCUGGACGACUGGACGAUGAACUUCAAUUUCAAUGUCUUCACGAACACAGAGUGCCAGUACGUGCAGGACUACACCGCGCUGCACCUGAACCGCCACCAGUGGAACAACUGCACGCUGGACGUGAAUUGCCACCUGGACUUAAAGGUCGACAUGAACGUGACCCUGGGGACGAGCGCCCUGAUCAUCAAUUUCCAGUCCGACGACCCACCCACUUCUCUUCAAGGACUCAUACAGAAUGGAACUCAACACGCACAGAACAUCGGUAAGCAGGACACCCUGGCCUCACGGGGCACGCACGGGGCUACGAAGAAGGCCGAACGGAACAUCAAGAUCAUGCAGUUAGACAUUUGCGACGAGCAUGGCAAGCAGGUAGAUGCCAUCACGCAGGAGCACGAAAGCUACGAGCACAUUAUGGACUCCCUCAGGAAGAGCGGCCCCCCAGAGGACAAGAAAUGCCUGCAGGGGAUAGGGUCGCCAGCUCCGUCCCGCGCGCUGACGGCCCUAGAAGGACUGUACAAGUGCGACGUGGGCGGCUCCAUGAAGGGUGCCAUCGAGGACAUCGAGGCGGAGACGGAGAUCAGCAAGGAAGAUAUCCUCGACGCCAUCAACUUUGUGCGCCUGGAAAAGUGCUACGACCACGACAAGACCAAGCUGGUGAUCGGCGCGCUAGGCGCGCCCAUGUGGGAGGGCCAAAUCCUGAUCAGCCGCGCCCUCGAGGCCGAGGGCCAG